AUGAUCCUGAGGAACGCCCCCGUGCGGCAUUGCCGCCACACAAUGGCGUCUCCCAUCUCCAGAUCCAUCCUCAGGCGAAUGUCCACCCAGGUCACCCCCAAGACUGAGGCUGCAUCCGAGGCGAAGGAGUGGACGACUUCUCAGGCCACUUCCACUCCUCCUAAGAUUGUUUCAGCGGCACGAAAGAAGCAGCGAAUUGUACAGGACGGCAUUAUAUCCCUCAGGACCAACUCUGCGCACGAGCAUAGGGUUUCAGCAUGGACAACACCCAACAAGAACUCGAACUCUGCGACUCCGGCGACGCCUGCUCAGCAGUACAGGGAAUGGCAGCGUAUUCAGGCCAACACACGAAGUCUUGGUUCGAAACUUGUGAAACGAUAUAUCCCCACCGAGCUUGUCAACAACCCACCAGGACCUGAGGAUGUCACUCUGGAGCUGUUGCUGGCUUCUCAAACGCAUAUUGGGCACAAGACUUCGCUAUGGAACCCUGCUAACUCUCGCUACAUUUAUGGUGUACGUCAGGGUGUGCACAUGAUCUCUCUCGAGACAACUGCGGCACAUCUUCGACGUGCGGCUCGUGUGGUAGAGGAGGUUGCUUACAAGGCUGGUCUGAUUCUGUUUGUUGGAAACCGCAAGGGCCAAAUGGAGAUUGUUACUCAGGCUGCCGAGAUGGCUGGUGCUUGUCACUUGUUCACCAAAUGGACUCCUGGUGGCAUCACCAACCGAGAUGUCAUCUUGAAGAUGGCUGGUACAAAGGUUGUGGACCACAAAGACGUGGAGCUUCCUGGGUUUGAGAACUACAGAGGUUCGGCUCGACCAUUGAUGCCCGAUCUGGUUGUUUGCCUGAACCCUCUUGAGAACUACACUCUUUUGUACGAGUGCGGUCUCAAGAGUAUUCCCACCAUUGGUGUCAUUGACACCAACGCUGACCCAUCAUGGGUAACUUACACCAUUCCUGCCAAUGACGACAGUCUACGAGCUAUGGCUGUCGUUGGUGGUGUUCUAGGCCGAGCUGGUCAACGUGGUUAUCAACGACGAAUGGCAGAUGCUAAGAAAGACAAGUCUACUUGGCAAAACCCCACUGAUAUUGUCCAACACAUGAACCGUGAGAGGAAGGUGGCUAUUGCUGAACGCAAGAACGUUAUGGGUCAAAUGCAGCACAACCUGGAGGGUUUCAAUGAGGAAGAGCAGAAGAUUCUACGGGAACAGUUUUACGGAGAGGAGCCCGAGGUCACCGAAACCGACCUGAUUAAAGUGAUGGCAGAGACCGCCUCGGUAGAAGAUAAGCCUACUGCUGCUGGCUCGACGUCAGGCUCCAGGUUAGCCAUAAUUGAGGAGGAGCUAUCAGUUCUCAAGGCCGCCGCCGAGGGUAUUGAGGCCGAGGCACACUCUGCUACCAAUCCUGCUCCAGCUUCCUCUGAGCAGCCUGUUAUCUCCGAGGUGGUCGUCGAAGCCCAAGUUGAGACUCAGACUGCCGAGUCAUCACCUGACUCAAGGUUGGCGAGCAUUGAAGAGCAGUUAUCAAGCCUUCAGGCUGUAGCUGAGGCCAUCGAGGCCGAGGCGCAAUCCGCUACUAAGCCUGUAGAGUCAGUCCCUGCUGCGCCCGAAGAGCCUAUCGUCUCCCAUGUAGUUGUCGAGGCCCAGGCCGAAGCUCAGGUCGAAAGUCAGAUCGAGACUCAACCUGUUGAAUCAACAAGCAACUCGAGGUUGACAAGCAUUGAGGAACAAUUAUCGGGAUUGAAGGAUGCAGCGGAGGCUAUUGAGGCCCACAUCAAAAGCGGCAAGCAAUAG